CUCUCCUCGGCCCCCUUCUCCCCCUCCCUCUCGCUGCGAGUCGGGAUGAUGAAUCUGUGCAGGAGUUUCUGGAGGUUCUCUGAAGGGAACGACGAUGGCGGUGAUGAUGGUGGCGGUCGCCGUCGGAAGAGCUUCUCGUUUCAUAAAGAGGACGAGGGCGGAAACGGUGUUGUUGACGCAAAGAAGCCGCCGUCCGGCCUCCACCGGUCUCGGUCUCUUCCAUGUCAAGGGUCGAGCUCGGCAGGGCUGAGCCUGAUCGCCGCAGCCGCGGAGGUUCAGAAGCCAAGAAACGUAUUGGAGUCGUCGGCGGUGCGACGGCCGGUCGGAGCGGGUCCUGCAUUGGUGCCUGCGUUUCGGCAGAACGAUGAUUCCGGGUUGGAGCAACACCCCUGCACAGAAGGGUUGGGGUCCGAGAGCUCGGACGAGACGGGGCCGUCGUCCUCAGGUGAGUCCCGAGACGGGGAGGUGGAUUCGGGGGUCGCCUGGAGGGAGCGCGUCUACCUGGAGAAAUGGGCCAGGAGGAAGAUGAUAGCCAGGCAGAGGGUCCGAUCUGAGCUUCCGCCGCCGCUGCCGUGGCUCAGCACCAAGGGCCGUCCGAGCUUCGUCCUUCACCCAGAGCGCCGCGACGGCCGCAUCCUCAUGACGGCGGUAAGGCUCGACCAGCACGACGUGUUUCUUGCAACCCGCCACAGCGGUCGCCUCACGCUUCAGCUGGUGGGCAGACCCCCUCGACCCUCCUCCACCACCACCAACAACAACCACGAUGGUGCUGACGACCUAAAGGAAGAAAGCGAAGAACUCGAUGAACAAGAACAAGAAGACGAAGAUCAUGGGAGCCCAGAACGACCGGUGCAUGUGGCCGCUUUGGACGGCCCAACCGAAGAAAAUGAUGCCAAUUGCGAAGCAGCCCAAGAAAAACAAGAAGUUCAGGCAGAAAGGAUUCAGAGUUUGGCGAAAUGCCUGAAUGCCGCCAUUACCAUCGCUUCGAAAAUCGAAGUCCAAGAAUAUGAGAAACACGACGGUGGCGGUCUCAUUAAUGAAUACUACACCAAAGAAAGCGAGAAGGAAGACAAGAGCGAUUCCGGCGUCGCCCACCUUCUUCCGGCUAUGACUGCCGGAAGCAGCCAGGGUUCGUGCAGGUGCUGCGAUUGCGGAGAGCUUGGCGAUUUUUGGAACCAUCGGUACGUUGCAGCAACGUAAGAUCAGGCUGGCGGACAAAAAAAAAUAAAGCCAUUACUUGGAGUUGUCUCAUGCAAACGGAGAUAUAUCAAGGUGUCAUUAUCUUGGGAUCCUGGCAAAGGUGGUCGGUAGGAUCGAUCGAGUAAGAAAACGGCGAGCCACAGGAAUAUUCCGGCAGCAGAUCGGUGGAACAUCCGGCAUCCGCACGACUAAGAAACAAAAUUAAACAAUUGUGGGUAUGAUGUCAAAGUUGGAAAUGAUCGAGUGAACAGAGAGAUCUUUUCUUUUCUUUAUCUUCCUUCUUUUACUCAAUUUUGUUAGGGUGGGGAAACAGGCUGAAGAGUUAGAAAAAAAAUGGGGACAUAGGAGAAGUUAGUUUGGUAAUUGUAGAGCAAGGAGUAAAGCUGGUGGAGAUAUGGUUAUAGCAUUAAUUAAAG